AUGGUUCUUGGAGAUCUUAAUGUCCAUCUUCAUAACAAAGGACAGAGUUCUAAUAGAAAUUCUUUGGAUAAUUGGGUCAAGAAUGUCAUAGAUUCAGCUGGUUUAAUGGAUUUGGGAUUUAUUGGCUCUAAUUAUACAUGGUCUAAUAGAACAGAGGGUAAAGGUUACAGAAGGGCUAGAAUUGAUUUUGCACUUCAUAAUGCGUUAUGGAAGAUGCAGUAUCCUAAUUCUAAGCUACAUCAUUUACCUUUCAGAGCUUCGGAUCAUUUCCCUAUACUUCUUUAUAGUGAGGGUCAUCAUCCUAAACCUAAAAGAGCCUGGAAAUUCUAUAAAUGUUGGUUAAGAGAUUCAUCUUGUCUGAAUACUAUAAUUAACUCAUGGAAUUCUCAAGACUCAAACUUAAGCUUUAAUGAAAAAAUUAAUCAUAUAAGGAAAGAAUUAUCAAGAUGGAAUAGAGAGGAUUUUGGGGAGAUAGGAGAGCAUUUGAAGUAUCAUCAAAGUCGUUUGUCUCACCUUUAUCCCUACCGAAUGUAA